AUGUGCCAAGAAUUCAUCGAGAAGUUCCCAGGUUGCCCAAACGAAGAGCACUACAAACAUCAGGGCUGGGCACCAUGUAAAGACGCGCUUAGAAAGAAAGUUGAAACACCCUGCCUCAGAGAAAACGAACCUGGGAAACCGGAAAAAUACGACAAGGACAAGGUUAUGAAAAAGCCCUUGAUUACAGUGAGACUAGAAAGGUGUGAGGAAUGCGAAAGAGAUAAGCGUGAAGCGGCGGAGGAGGCAAAGAAAGACGCAGAGAUGCAGGAGGCAUUUGAGAAGAUGCGUGACAGUGGAAACCGAGUUGGCGGGGAUGUGCCGGCACAGGGUAUGUUGACUACAGAGGAGCGCCGUCGACGUGAAACCAUGGAACAGGGUGGUGGAGAUAUGUCGCAGCAGGGUAUGUUGACUACUGAGCAACGUCGUCAGCUUGAGGCGAAGAAAAAGGGCGAGGCGAGUAAGUAG